GCCCAUGGCGCACUGUACGUAAUGAGCUUGGCCCGGGGUCUUCGCGCAGUGGGGCUCGGUGAACGCUUCUCUCCAGCAUGGGGGAAGGUCGGGGCACGGUGUCCUUGGCCACGUAUCCAGUAACCCAGGCUCCUAUCCUUAGUCCCUGCUCUGAGCAUGGAAGGAGGGAACAGGGCUGUCUGGAGCCAGCACAGGACUCGGGGUGGCCCAGAGUCCAGGUCCCUCCGUCUCGGGCUCCCAGAGCUCUGCAAUGACGCCCAGUGCGGGACUCCGUCCUACAAUAGCCAACACCCAACAGGGGGCUUCCCGCUUCCUUAAACCCCUGUAGGGCUGCCCUUGGGGCCUAAGCCUUUAUCCACUUGUCAAGAGAGCCAAGGAUGGGUCUCUGCAGGCCUGGUUGCUUCCUGCUUGUUCCUGCCCACCAAGAACUACCCCCUGCCCCUAGGAGGGCUUCUGUAACCAUUUGCCCUCUUCCUCAUCAGCUUCGAGAUUGUGCUCUAUCCUGACGCAUGCCAGUGAGCACGCAUGUUUGCAUCGAGGGGUACAGCAUGCCCAUGUGCCCCACACAUGUGGGGGGGGCAGUUGCACGUCCCACUGCAUGGGCAGGCCCCAAGCAUGUUCCCGGAGAUGUGUGCAGCCUGUCUCGGAAUGGCAGAGAUGUGGUAUCUUUUCACAUUCUUGUGUGUCCAUAUGUCUUUCUACACGUGUGCCGGUCUGUUGGUCUGUCUUGUCUCCCCUAUAGACAGGAAGCCCUAAGCCACACGCCACCGGGCACUCUGGGAAGGUGACGUCGAGACUAGCCCAGCCUAACUUGGGGUUCCUGGUCCUGCUCCAGGAGUGCUCCGGCCUGCAGCCCCCGCCGAGGAGGGAGGAUUGUCCAGCACGGGGUGGGGUCCGAGUCAGGGAUCGGGUGGCCUGGCUUGUAGCGUUGAGGACGCAGUGCUGCGCUGGUGGUCAGUGGCCCUGCCCCGAUGCCCGUGUGACCUUGGGCAAGGCCUUCAAGCUUGCUGUCCACGCUCAGUCAUCUGGAGAACUCGGGGUUGGAUCUAUGAUUUCUGGCUGCUCCCGAGGCCCUGACGACCGAGACUUUCAGUCAGGGCGCAGGAGUGUGGUAACAUCGCUGGUGAAGGCGGCCGUGGCUAGCGCCUGGCCCACCAGGCCCUCACUCGGUCCUGGGGUGUCCUGCUGAAGGGUAAGAGGAGGAGCCAUGCCAGGCAGCGGCCCCAGCGAGAGGAUGACGUGGCCUGGUCCGGCCCUCCCCGCGGCACCCCCAACGCGCCCUCUCUCCUCAGCCCCGGGGACACCGCCUCCCCCGCCCCUCACCCGGACCCGCAGCCUCAUGGCCAUGUCCCUGCCGGGCAGUAGACGGGCCUCUGCUGGAUCCCGCAGCGGGGGCCCUUUGGGCCGCAGCGGCCUGGCGGUGUUUGCCCAGUGCCCGCAGCUGCCCGCCAGCCAGAACGAGCACCUGCCUCUUCUUCCUGCCUCCAGGCGCACCUCUCCCCCCGUGAGCGUGCGGGACGCCUACGGCACCUCCUCUCUCAGCAGCAGCAGCAACUCAGGCUCCUACAAGGGCAGCGACAGCAGCCCCACGCCCAGGCGUUCCAUGAAGUACAUGCUGUGCAGCGACAACCAUGGUGUUAAGCCGCCCACCCCGGAGCAGUACCUGACGCCCCUGCAGCAGAAGGAGGUGUGCAUCCGGCACCUGAAGGCGCGGCUGAAGGACACCCAGGACCGGCUGCAGGACCGGGACACCGAGAUCGAUGACCUGAAGACGCAGCUGUCGCGCAUGCAGGAGGACUGGAUCGAGGAGGAGUGCCACCGCGUGGAGGCGCAGCUGGCCCUGAAGGAAGCGCGCAAGGAGAUCAAGCAGCUCAAGCAGGUCAUCGACACCGUCAAGAACAACCUGAUCGACAAGGACAAGGGGCUGCAGAAGUACUUCGUGGACAUCAACAUUCAGAACAAGAAGCUGGAGACGCUGCUGCACAGCAUGGAAGUGGCCCAGAAUGGCACGGCCAAGGACGACGGCGCUGGGGAGUCGGCUGGCGGGUCCCCCGCCCGCUCCCUCACCCGCAGCUCCACCUACACCAAGCUGAGUGACCCUGCUGUCUGCGGUGACCGACCCCCCGGCGACCACCCCGGGGCCUCUGCAGAGGACGGGGCUGACAGCGGCUUCGCGGGGACCGAGGACACACUGAGCCGGACGGACGCGCUGGAGGCCAGCAGCCUGCUGUCAUCGGGGGUGGACUGCGGCCCCGAGGAGGGCUCGUUGCACAGCAGCUUCGGCCUGGGCCCCCGCUUCCCCGCCAGCAACACCUACGAGAAGCUUCUGUGUGGCCUGGAGGCCGGCGUGCAGGUCAGCUGCAUGCAGGAGCGCGCCAUCCAGACGGACUUCGUGCAGUACCAGCCGGACCUGGACGCCAUCCUGGAGAAAGUGACCCAGGCCCAGGUCUGCGGAGCAGUCCCUGAAUCAGGGGACAGGGGCCCAGAGCUGGAGCCCCACCCCCCAGGGCCCAAAGACUGCAACUCCGCCGUGGUGGUGACGGUGGGGGACGAGCUAGAGGCCCCAGAGCCCAUCACCCGGGGGCCGAGCCCACACCGGCCCGGUGCCAACCCCAGCCCAGGCCCAUCGGUGAGUGUGGCAUGCCCCGUGGAAGAGGAGGAGGAGGCGGCUGCUGAGAAGGAACCCAAGAGCUACUGGAGCCGCCACUACAUCGUGGAUCUGCUGGCGGUGGUGGUACCGGCCGUGCCCACGGUGGCCUGGCUGUGCCGCUCCCAGCGCCGCCAGGGCCAGCCCAUUUACAACAUCAGCUCCCUGCUGCGGGGCUGCUGCACUGUGGCCUUGCACUCCAUCCGCAGGAUCAGCUGCCGCUCGCUGGGCCAGCAGGGUCCAAGCCAGGCGGCCGGCAGCUCCCAGCUGUGAGCGUGUGCAGCCCUGGCCAGCGGCUCUGAUGGCCUGACCAAUGAUCGUAGGGGUGCCGCUCUCCUCCUGCUCACGCCCCGGGGGCCUCAGCUGCUUGAUUUAGUUUUGGGUAGGGGAUGUGAACAGUGUCGGGGCUGGGAGUUGGGGUUGGGGGAAGGCACCCCAAACUGUGAUAGGAGACAAGGGAAGAAAGACCAAAGGCAGAGAGGCACACGGAAGGGACACGUUGCAGAGAGAGGAGGUGGGGAGGUCCCCCAACCCAGCCCUGUCCACCUGGACCUUCACACAGGGCCGCCCACCCCUGCCCAGAAGUCUCCAGGGUGUCGAUGUGGGGAGGCUGGGCCUGAGGUGCCCAGGGGAGCCUCCCCACCCCCACCCCGGGUCCCAUCCCAUUGCUGCCCAUCCAAGCCUCCUCCCCAGCAACUCCCUGCCCUCAGUCCAGCCUUCUGGGCCAGUAUUACCUCCUUCUGUGGAGGCAGCUGCUGCCCAGAGUACACGCUACCCGCCCAGGACUUUCAGCAGGGUCUGCAACCCCUGGACCCCAGCUACAGUUCUAGCAUCUUCCAGCUGCUUCCCGCUCUGGGAUUCAGAAGUGUAGUCGGGCCACAGGCAUGGGCCGGUGGAAAGACGGUGAUGGGCCAGAGGUGGCAGAGCGCAGUGUGGCUUCUGUGUCUGUCUGUCCGAGCCCUUCCCCAGGCUCUGUUUCCCUCUCCACGCUUCUGGCUGUGUCAGAUCGUUCUUCCUGUGAGAGCUGAGCCAGACAGGCUAGUGCUGGGGCUGGAACCUCUGCCAGCCCGAGAGGAGGAGGCAGGGGCUGGCAGUUCAGGGGCACUCCUCCAGCCUUCUGAGACAAGGUCCUGCAGUCUGGUAGGUGGGCUGGACUCGGCAAUCCUCUGCUGGUUUGAGAAGCCAGAGGCCAUGAUGGCCCCUGAAGCUCAACCCGAGUUUCACUGGGGGCCUCGGGCCCAGCUUCCACUUUGCACUAUGUUCACUUUGGGGCUUGGCUCUCAUACGCCCCAGCAUCUCCACUGAGGGGCGGCUUGCAUUCUAGUGAGGGCUCCUAAACUUAGACCUAGCUGCCUCUGGAGAAAAGCCAGCAUGAUGGACGGCAGGAUGGGAUAUGGAAGCCAUGAUGUCUGUCCAGGCCAAAGCAGGGCACCUGGGUCAUCUCCCAGGCAAGGACGGAGCAGGGCAGGCCGGAGCCCUGCGGCCUCCCUGCUCACAGCCUGAGGCCACUUGGCCUGGGAAGCUUCACUGUCCCCCCUCCUUCCCUGUCCCCCAGCAAAGCUGCUGACCUUUUGGGUCCCCCAGCAAAGCUGCUGACCUUUUACCACCACUAUUAUUUGACAAAGUGAACCCACUCCUUCUCCCCUGUGGGGCCUAUACCCGUCUGGUGGCCCCUCCCACUCUUCAGAGAUUAGGCCCCACGUGGGGGGCGGGGGGCGCUGGCGGGACCCUGCAUCUUACUCAUUCCUCUGGCCCCGGGGCCACUCUGGUUCUCUGCCAAGGUUGCUCACCCGCCCCCGCUGCUCCCACAGCCGCCGCCUGAGUUGGGGGCUCCGCCUUUCUUCUCUGCACCCUCCAAUCAAAGGGGGGGGCCCUGCAUGCACUGGGAGUGGGCAGCCAGCUCAGCCAUGGGGCCGGCAGCCCCCUCUGCCACACGCUUUGUGCCUCCAAAGCCUCCUUCCCCUGGCUGGAGCCUCAGACCACCCGUCCUUUGCAGAGCACCACCAUCCCAGCCGAAGCGCAUCUGAAGUCCUGGGGCCUGGCUGGGGCUGCCCCACAGACGCUGGGGUUGUGCCAUGGAGGGGCCGUGGACACACCCAAUCCAAAGCCAAGCCGGGCCUGGCCGUGGACCCCGCCUCCCGUGCUGUGCACUCACGGAGCUGCGUAGCGUCUCCAUAGAAAUAGUCCAAGCUUUGCCGAGAAAAUAAAUGUCUGACUAUAUUUGACAACGUGAAAUCUAUAUAUUUUUCACACUGGAAUUCAGUCAAGCCACAUAGCCCCUCUGCUCCUGUCUGUGUCUUGCUCUCUGUGGCCUUCCUGUCGUGUUUCGUGUUUCGUGUUUCAGUGUCGGGGCCGUAGUCCGCUGGGUCCCACCGGAGGUCCUGGUGAAGGGCCGCGCCCAAGGUGAGUGGGGCCGCUGCUCAGGGUUGCAGAGCCUUCGCCCACAACAUCAAGGCUCUUCUCUCUUGAGGCCCUCAACGGGCAUUUCUUUCUCGUGUCAGUGGAGGCGGUGGCUCUGCACCCAGCCCCAGGAUGGACCCCGAGAGCACGCCGGCUGGCGGCCCUGGUCCAGCCCUCCAUGUGCCCCUGCGUGUGCUCAGUGUCUGCAUCUAUGCAAAGGGGGCAGCGUGGCGCCCGAGGCUCAGAGCAAGCGGGGAAGCACAGUGGCCUGCUGGCUCGGGCUCCUGGCCCCAGCACCGCAGGGUGCUGCCCCUCUCCAGUGCUCCUCCUCCAAAGCUCCCCUUUUUCCUUCUUGCUUCAUAUCUCCUCCUGCUGAGCUCUGGCCUUGCCCUCCUGCCCUCGGCUCCUGGAGCAGAAAUCGUCGGGGGGGGCGGGGGGCCUCGGGCCUCCCUCCACCGUCUGGCCUUGGGCUGGGGCUGAUUCCCUCCCACAGGACAUUUCCCCAGGAAGCACCUGCUGAACUGCUGGUCCCUUGGAGCCCGGGGGGCCAGAAGUGGCUUCUGCUCAGUCGUAGGGCCUGGGUCUGGGCCUUCCUGCUGCUCCCCUGGCUCUGGGCUCAGGCAGGAAUCAAAGCAUGGGCUGGGACUCUGCACACAGAGCUGGCCUCCUGCGGAGUUUAUUCCGAGCAUCUCCCAAGGGGAGAACUUAGAUUUUCACUGACCAGGCUUCCCAGGCACUGUUAGCAAUGGGGCAUCUGACAGCGCCUGGGGAGGGGCAGCCCCGCCAAUGUUCUAGGGCCUACCGAAGGCCUGAGCCCGGGGAACUCCUGACCCCCUUUUCUAACCCAGGGGGACAGUACCAACAAGUCACAGCACACUCUCCCAUUCAGCCAUCCCCUCGAUGGAGAAGUUAGGGGGUAUGGGAAAGGGGGAGGUGGCGAGGGUCUUCAUUUUGUCUCCUUUGUCCUGUUCAGACAGAGUUGUACCCGCAGCAGACAGCUCUGAAUUAAAGCAUGAAAACACA